AAUUGUCAUCACCUUGAGUGCAGAGCAUCGGGUUGGGCUAAUUGAAUCGGGAUCGGAAAAAAGUGUGGAAAAUAAUAUGAAUGGACUGCAAUUUGGGAACGCGGAUAGAGCUUGCCAAUUUUUUUGCUAAACAGCCGCGAACGCGGCAAUCAGAGUGCUAAGUGCGCUAUCAAUCAGUUGAGUUCAGUGCGAGGUCGGCUGCAUUGUCAUGGCUGGAUUACCGCUGCUUCUCGGUGGGAUUACCUGUUUGGUGCUCCUGCUCCAGGCGAAGGCCCACUACAUCCAGAUAGACCACGAGGAGUUUCGCGCCAGUGGCUUCCCGCAUCCGCACUUUCCACCGCCUCCAUUGACGCCCCUGGAUCAUUUGCCCCAGGUGCUGGCCGCCAAGGAACUGACGCCCGCCGAGGUGAUGGUGGACCUGACCAACGACCUGACCCACCGCCUGCUGCACUACCACUCCAUCCUGAAUCGCAACAACUUUGCCUUCUCGCCCACCGCACUGGUCAGUGUUUUAGUGGCCCUGUUCGAGGGAUCGGCGGGGAAUAGUGCCGAGGAACUGCGUCAUGUCCUGCAGCUGCCCAACAACCGGGACGUGACCCGCGUGGGCUACCGCGACAUCCACCGACGAUUGAGGACCUACUUCUUUGGCUCCGACAAUCCCCUCAAAGGACUCAGCUUGAACAAGGGCAACGUCACGGUGCUCAAGGACUUUGAGACGAUUCUCAUGUUCUAUGGCUACGAUCUGAGUGUCGACAUGCUAUCCUCAACGCCAGCCAAUCUGACAUCAGAUGCCGAGAUGGUCAACACCACAAUGGCCAGCAAUUCCACGACCGGAGAAAUGGAAGCGGAGACCACGACGUUAAAGGAUGCGGAAGCCACAACAGAAGAACCUUCCACGACGGAGGCACCGGUGACCACAACCACUGAGCCGCCAACCACCACAACAGAGGCACCUGCGGAGGCGGAGGCCACCACUGAAGCUCCUGCUGCCACUUCGGGCGAAGAAGAGGCCGCCGAGCCCGCUGCUGAAGACGAGGCAGCCGAGCUGGUGUCCGCCUUUGUGGCCGAGGAGGAUGCCGAGCCGCUGCUGCGCAUCCAGAAGGCUCGAGUCUCCCGGCUGCCCACCAGCAAGCUGCAGGCGCCGCUCAAGCACUCGAAUCCGAUUACGCCCAAGCCCAUUUACCUGCCCAGCGCCCGGGCAGUGGCGAUGCCCAUGAUGAUGGCUCGCCAGGUGGCGGCGGCAGAGCGAAAGCCAUCGCCAACAAGGCAGGUAAUUUCCAUUGUAGCACCACAGGCGGCGAACAACUCGCUGACGAGAAAGCUCAAGAUGGUGCGCCACAAGCGGCACGCACUGCCGGCAGAUCUAGAUGCGAAUCUCUUCCUGACGCUCUUCAAUCCGCACACCCACGUGCCGCACCAUCCGCUGCACAUUCCACCGCCGGUGCCCGCUGCCUUUGCUCCCAUCACCAAUGACUUUGAGCCGCACUAUGUGGGCGAUGCGGCCGAGGGCAAGUCCAACUACAAUACGGACGUGAUCAGCCACGUCUUCUACCUGGGCAACCAGCAGGUGGUGCACACCACCUUUAAGGUGUACAACGCGGUGCUCUACUACAAGUACUUCGAGCACUUGAAGAUGAGCGUGCUGGAGCUGGAGCUGGAUACGCCGGAGUACAACCUCAUGAUCCUGCUGCCCGACUAUCACACGGACAUUGUGGCGGCGGCUGCCUCCUUGAAACUGGGACCCACUCUGCGGCUGAUGCGGAAGCAGCUGAAGCCGCGCUGGGUGCAGGCCAUCAUCCCGGACUUUAAGCUGCACGGCACCAUGUUCCUGACCAACGAUCUGCAGAAUAUGGGCAUCUGCGACGUCUUCGAGCCGAAUCGCGCCGAUUUCAGGCCCAUGACUGAUGAGAAGGGCGUCUACGUGCGGCACAUUGAGCAAUCCAUAGACGUCACCAUCCGUACGCAUCCCAUCAAUCAGCUGAAGCGCAACUACGGCGCCCAAACGAAGCCCAUUCAGAUCUCCGUGAACCAUCCGUUUAUGUUUUUCAUCGUCGAUCGCGACCUGGACGUGGCUGUGAUGUCGGGCCGCAUACUGAAUCCGCUGAACGUGCGCAUCCAAUGAAGCUCGACGAAGGUCGACCAUCGAAAGUGAUGAACCCUUUGUUCACCCGGUGCCCACUAGUACGAGAAGUUGGCCAUGCUUAGUAUGAAGAUGAAGUACAAUAUGUUAACUAGAGCCCUGCAUGAAUGGAU